ACGUUAUAGAUGAACAGUGUCUCUGUUGAACUGAUUCGAAAUGCCCAUUACGUGCCAAUUCAUAGAAAUGACGAGCAGAGGAUAGAAAUUGCAGCUGGGGGCUGUUUUACCGACGCGGAAUUCGGAGUUUGGCCUUGAUGCUAUAUCGUUGGCAGGCCGAUUCGAAGAUUGUUCAGCGAUGCGUCGUUCGCGAAGGAUUUCGCUAAGGAUUACGCGAAACAUCGCGUUUCCUUGUCACCGAUGCAGCGUGCGAUCUUGACAGCCGGUGCAGCCGCUAUAUCUUUUGCUAAUCCUUUCCGCGGUGAUAUGAUCGCUUGUUUGGGAGAGACGACCGGCACCGAUGCGCUUUCCUAUUGUCUUCGACAAAUGCUUGCAACCGCCGAGGGACGUCGCAUCCUAGACGAAAAGCCACGAAUUUCCUCGUCGACGAUCGAUCUAUCCGCGCUAAAGCGUUUACCACCGGGGACUGUUGGCAGGACUUAUCGCGAUUUUUUGGAUGCUAACAACGUCACCCCUGAUUCUAGACCCUCGGUCAGAUUCGUGGAGGAUACAGAAUUGGCGUACGUAAUGCAACGAUACAGAGAAAUGCACGAUAUUUUUCACGCUGUACUCUUAAUGCCAACCACGAUGCUCGGGGAGGUGUCCGUCAAGUGGAUUGAAGCGUUGCAAUUGCGUUUACCGAUGUGCUUGAGCGGAGCGAUAUUCGGAGCGUACCGAUUACGUCCAAGGCAAAGGAAAUUAUACCUCGAACAUCAUCUACCAUGGGCCAUUAAAACGGGUAGUCGAGCAAAGUUCCUUCUGGGAAUUUACUACGAAGAACGUUGGGAGCAACCCCUCGUUGACUUUCAUCGAGAAACAAACGUUACUCCCCUGGUUCCGAUCGGUUAUAAUUAAAAUUAAUACCUAGAUAGUAUAUAACAAUUUUUAUUCACCGUAACGUUGGAAAUAUGAAGAAUAUAAUUUUUACUGGGAUAUACGUAUGAUUUGUAUUACAAAUUUCGAUGAACCGCAACCGCGGUUAUCUAGAAAAAUGAUUCGAUAGAAAGGUACGCGCGAUACCAACGCUUAAUGCGAUCGAUUUGCAUGCGAGCGCAAAAACGGUUCGUUUCGCGUUAGGAUAUUAGUCGCACAAUGUAGGAAUUUUUCCCGAUUAUCACUGAUUCGGCCGAGCGUUCGGCAAAUCGAUCGAUAAUUAUCAACGUUCGCGAAAUUCUCUGAUUGUCCCGUUUCGUUUCUAGUAACGCGCGCAAACUUAUUCGCUAACGUCUAAUUACAAAUACAGCGCACAUUUCGAUAAAAAUGAAUGCUUCUCUUAUCGUUAGUCGAAACGUUAGAAUGUAGGAGGAAAUCUCUUUCGUUCGCUCGGAGACGCGUGAAUACUGACAUUCGUUGCACGCUAAAUACUUGCAAUAAUACUGACAUAACAGAUCGAGCAUCGUCGAAUAAUUAAUCAUUACUGAAUGUUAAGAAAAAAAAGUUUCAGGUACUGAACGAUGAUGAUAAACGAUAUUAUCCUUCUCUAGAAAAUUCUAGAAGAUGAGAAGUCGAGCAUACGAGAAUACGAUAAUACGAUGAUUUAUAAAAAAAAACAAAGGAUCUGCUUAAUCACGACAAUCACGAUAAACCUACGUUUUAAGUAACACGUUACAUGUACGUACUUGUACGCAAAGUACAUGUAGGAAUACAUUUUAUGCCAAAUUUUAGAAACGUAUUCUACUCAUUGAACAAGGCCGAAAAGGAUGUUGGAAAAUCUUAAGAAAUAAACGACAGUCUUGAAGAUAA